AUGGAUGAUCUAAGUAUCAAUUCAGAGACCCUGNCUUAUUUUAAAAAUAAUUUAAAAUAUUUAGAAGACUCAUUUGUAACUUUUUUGUGUUUUGUUAUUUUGGCAGUGGCAAUUAAUAUGAUUAAAGAAGGAGAAGAAGAAAAUCUUCUACCUUUAGGAAAAUACAUAAAUGAAAAUUAAUAGCAUAUGCUCUUAAUAAUAAUUCUAAUUGCUUAACCACUUAGACCAUUGUGUUAUUUUUCUGAAUUUGAAGCUGUGGAAUGGUUAAUCGGAUAAACUUGUUAUGCAAUAGGAGAAUUUUUAUUUUUAAGAUAUUUCUUACAAAUUCUUUCGUUUUUGAAAGGAUAAAAUAAUAAUACAAAUAAGGUUAGAAAUACUGUAAUUACAAUAUUUGUCAUAAUUCCAAUUAGUAUUGAUAGAUGGAUAAUAGCUUUUGAUAAUUAAUCAUUUGUAAUUAAAGACUUAGAAAAUCAAGUUAAUAAUAUUCACACAAUCAUGAUGAUAUGUUGGAUUUGUUUUUUAGUUUAUUCGUGUAUUUUUGCUUAUGAAGUCAUGAUUAGUUUUCGUUAACAAUUAAUUAGUAAUAAUAAAAUUAAUUAUUUUUAGGAGUUGAUUUAUUUUUAAUUGAUAUUAUUUUUUUUAUUGUUUAUUCAUUUUAGAAGAGCCAAUUUUACUUAUAUUACGAAAGGUUCGAUCAUCAUUUAUUUAAUCCAAUUAAUAUGUUGAUGAUGGUUUCUUACAUAGCUAUAUUAUUGGUAAUUGAUUUAACGAUGGUCUCUGAAAAAGAAAAUGAACUAUAAACUGUUAAUUAAGAUGAGGAAUAAGUAGAUAAUCUUGAUUUUACUAUAGCCCAAUAUUAUAAAGAAAGACAAGAUGAUCGACAAACAUUAAUUUGA